GCGGAGCUGCGAGCCUGGACCAUGUCUGCCGCCGGCCUGGCGCCUCUGCUCGCGCUGCUGGCGCUGCUGGCGCUGUGCGCCGCCGUCAUCCGCCCGACCAGGCCGAGCCUCAGCUUCACGGACACGGAGCUGUGCCUGGGGUGCAUCUGCGAGGCGACGUCCAACUGCAACCUGACGGUGGGCUGCGUGCGGGGGCUGUGCGGCCCGCUGCUGAUAGCGCGCGACUACUGGCUGCAGGCCGGGUCCCCCACCGUGGGCGCAGCGCGUCGGCGCGGCGGCUCAGAUUAUGAGAAGUGUGUUCAAGACCCAACAUGUGCUGCUACAACAGUUAAAAACUACAUUGGUCGCUAUGCACAGGACUGCAAUCAAGAUGGCCGGUUCGACUGUGACGAUGUCGCCCGCAUCCAUUACCUCGGAGGAACACAGUGUUACUUAAGGAUAGAGCACACAGGUUACUACCGCGUGUUCAAGCAGUGCAUGGACAAUGUACGACAGUUCAUCACUUAUGACCCUUCCUUUACGUUGUAAAUUAUAAAUAAAAUAUUGUUACAAAA